AUGGUGUUCAUGAAAAUCCACGCAGUCCAUAACAAAAAAACAUCUAUACGCUUCCGUUAUGUGAUUGUAAUACUUCUCUUAAUUGGAAGCAGUUUCAUUCUGUUCAUGUUGACAAACAGUCCGAUCAUUUUAUUUCUAAACGAAGAUAAUAAUAUCGUGAGAGCAUCCCUGAACUCGUAUCCAGCCAAUUUCGUAUAUUCUGGCGGGAGUUAUACGAUCAAAACUGAAGGAUGCACUAUACCUGGGUUACAACCAUUCGAUGAAAGCAUUCGAAAAUUCAUAGAUAAACCCAAACAUGUUAAACAAUGCGAGAAAGUAAACACUUUGUUUCUAAAAAAUAACCGUACACACAUUUGGAUUAAUCCGAAAAGCUUUCGUUUUUUCAACUUGAGCGAAACUUCGAACGUAAGUUGUUGUUACAAGUCUUUUUAUCGGCCACUCGCCGUCGAUGACGUCUCUUCCGCCGAUAUUGACGAUAGAGUUACGUAUAACGAAUGCGUGGAGUUCUCGAGCUAUAUCGAAGUCACCAACGAGUUUGUCAAAGUCUCCUGUACGUAUGAGUACACCACUGUCUAUGAAAAGUUUUUUGCUUUUACACCUAAAAAGCCUCUUCUAAAUGUUCAGGAUGUCAAAGAAGGCCUCUCAUAUUAUAAUGUUAUCAUUAUGGGCGUUGACGCCAUUUCAAGACUGAAUUUUCACAGGACUAUGCCGAGGACGUUGUCUUACUUAAAACAGAGAGGCGCAGUAGAGCUAUUGGGUUACAAUAAAGUGGGUGACAAUACGUUUCCAAACUUAAUCCCCAUGCUCUUGGGUAUUCGAGAACAAGACUUGAAAAAUACUUGUUGGCCAAAUGCUAAGUCUACUUUUGAUUAUUGCCCUUUUAUAUGGAAUUCAUUCAAAGAUGCGGGAUAUUAUACUGCCUUCGGCGAGGAUAGUUCAAGUUUAGGUACAUUCAAUUUUGAAAAAGUCGGGUUUAUUCACAGUCCUACCGACUACUAUUUACACACGUUUAUGCACGAAGCUGAAAAGUAUUCCGGCAAUAAUCGAGAUUUUAAUUCAUACAUUUGUAUGGGAAACGUUUACUUCUAUAACGUCCUCCUGAAUUAUAUUGAAAACUUAACUAACGCUUUGAAGAAGCUAAAGUUAUUUGGAUUCUUUUGGGAAGUCACAAUGAGUCACGAUUAUUUAAAUUAUCCUAUGUUGAUGGAUGACAGUUAUGAGAGAUUUUUAAAUUCCCUCGACGAUUCAGGCUAUUUGGAGAAUACCAUACUUAUAUUAUUAAGUGAUCACGGCAUCAGAUGGGGUGACAUUCGAUUUACCAAACAGGGAAGAUUGGAGGAGCGUCUACCGUUCAUCCACAUUCUGCUACCGCCUUCAUUCAAGGAAAAUUAUCCAAUGGCUUAUAAAAACAUAAACCUUAAUAGUCAUCGUUUAACUACACCGUUUGAUAUACACGCGACACUAGUGGAUCUCGUCAACCUAGAUUCAAUACAGGAUACAAAUAUUAAAACGAGAACUUCAGCCUCUUACGACGAUAAUAGAAGUAUAAGUCUCUUUUUACCGAUUCCCAAAAAUCGUACCUGCGCCUUGGCUGGAAUUGAGGAUCACUGGUGCACUUGCAACCGAGGAAUUAAGCUGUCCCCCAAAAGUAGUGAAGGUCGCGAAGGCGCCCAGUAUUUGAUAACACAUAUAAAUGAAUUAGUGAGCAAAAACGCUAAGUGCGCACGGCUUAAGUUAUUAGAGAUUAUAGAAGUAACGGAAAUGAUUGUAGGAAAGCCAAACAAUAAGGAGGUUGGUUGGCGCGAGUUUCUUAUUGUGAUGCGGGUCUCACCCGGUGGUGGAGUAUUCGAGGCUACUUUGCGACGUAACAACAACAACUGGUCAUUAACCGGAACUGUCAGUAGAUUGAAUCUCUAUGGAGAUCAGAGUAAAUGUGAACAUAAUUAUCAGCUUAAACUGUACUGUUACUGUCAGUUGUAA